AUGAGUAACGAAUCAAACGACAUACUUUCAGGAGCUAAUCCUACGAAAGUUGAUGACGAACUUGCUUUUGUACAAAUCGUUAUUACGAUAUCGGUUACUGCUGCAAUUCAUGCUGUUUUACAGCAUAUACGUCAACCACAAGUCGUAUGCGGUGCAAUAUGCGGAGUUAUUUUGGGUGUUUCUGUGGUUGGACAUGUUCCAGGAUACAUGGAUACCAUGUUUCCAAAAGAUUCACUCGUUUGUCUUAAACCUCUCACCCAUUUAAUUGGGAUUCUAAAUUCGUUCAUAGUCGGUGCAAAUUUAAAACCAAAAAUUUUAUCCGACAAUAUGAAAUUCAUUAUUCCUAUUUCCAUUUGUGGAACCAUUCUACCUUUUACGCUAGGAUUAGGUAUCGCGUAUAUCAUGUAUGACACAAUGAACAAUUAUAAUGUCGUUGAUUCUGAUGGUUUUUCCCAUGAUGUACCAUUUCUGAAUUUUGUAUUAGUCGUUUGCCCUUCCAUAACUAUUACGGCGUUUCCGACUCUUUGGCGUGUCUUAUAUGACUUAGGCCUGACGGACGUGGAUGUGGGUGCUAGAGCAUUAACUGCUGCCUUUGGUGACCACAUUGUCGGCGGCAUAGAAUGGGGUUUGGCAAUUUUGUCAUCUAUAGUUGCUAUAGUCGGCAAAACAUUUGGUUGUAUUAUUGGUGCGAAAUUAAUUGGCAUACCUUUUAAUGAUGCUUCAAUUAUUGGAUCCUUUAUGAACUAUAAAGGUGCUUUAGAAUUAAUUAUUCUCAAUAUUGGUUUUGAAAAAAAUAUUAUAAAUGAGAACGUUUUCACGAUCUUGUAUAUAAUGAUAUUAGUGGUAAUGUCUGUCACAACUCCACUUGCUACUUAUUUAUAUCUAAAAAAAAUGGUGGGUUACAGAUUGUUGGGCGUGAAGGAAAUUGAUCAACCUGAUUCAGAUGUAAAAUCUGCAGUAGUUCAUACUAUUGAACUUGAGCAACGCACAUCUAUUGGGAUGAAAUUUCUUGAUCACCCAGAUGAUCGCCCAGAUCAGAGAAUGGAUAUGAGAAUAUUCCCUACAUUCAGUCAAAAUAAUUCAAUUAAUAUUAAUGCUAUUCAUGUUAAUACUGCUCUAGUAAAUUAUUGCAAAAAAAAUACUGAUGUUAUUUUGGUAAUAAUUUCAUGGCGUGAUCAGAGUGCAAAAUUUGUUCAGUACACUUUCAAAUUUAUACCUAUUUAUGCAAGCGUAGGUGUAUUUAUUGAUCAUGGUCUUAUUAGUGCUAUCGAUUCAACCGGUCCUUCUCGUGUGUUUCGUGUGUUUGUACCUUUCUUUGGUAGCGCUGAUGAUCGUGAAGCAGUUACUUUCGCUCUAAGAUUAUUACAUGAUGAUCCAAAUGUCAGUUUAACAGUGUUGAGAAUAAUCAAAUCAGAAACCCCUACUGAAAACGACGUUCCCGAAGUUCAACCUGACCAAAACGAAAUUGUCAUUACCGACGAACCAAUCGAACGUCCUUUGCAUGACCGAAGCAUGCCAACUAUCGAUUCUAAAUAUGUCGUCUCACAAGAAUAUAUAGAUGAUGAAUUAAUUUGGAAUAAGCUUCGUUUGCUGAAGGAGCAAGAGCCUCGUUUGAAAUGUCCGGAAAAACGUUAUUCUUUUACUCCAAUACAAUAUGCAAUCAAAGAGAUAAAUAACCAUUUUCGCGAAGGUAAAGAUUUAGUUAUUCUAGGACAUAAUAGUCAUCCUACUGUGAAUGAACCUGGUACACAUAGAUCUUUAGGAUAUGUCGCCGAAGAAUUUUUAGCUGGAGAAAUUACUCCAAGUCUUUUAGUAUUAAAAGCAAAGCAAAUUGAACAAUGA